AACAAUGAGAGUGUCUGUGUAGAAAUCGACUUGCAACUUUGAGCAAACGUCUCCACAAAGUUGUAGUAUGAAUAAAAAUGUGUAUUAAAUAUUUAACGAAAUAACUAUUUGAAAGACUUAAAAUUAAAUAGUGUCGUGUCAUCGAUUUUAACAUUUAAAGGAGACUUAUCCUCCAUUGAAGAAUUUGAUAUAAGAAAUUCCAAGAAAUAAUUGUAUGCAUCCAGGAUGUGUCCAAUAUGGCCACUACAUCUAAUAAUUUUAUACAUAGUGGCGAUUUGUCCUAUGUGGGUGCUGUGCCAAGCAGCACCGAACUACCUCGCCAAAUUCCUGUCGGAAACGGUGGAGAUUCACAUGGGCGAAUAUUAUUACGUCAACGUUACUGUCACAGGAUCAGAUCUGCAAGUAGGUGAUAAAUUAUCGCUAGUUACGGAAAAUGAACAUAUAGCGUCAGGAAAAUGGAAUUCAACGUAUCUCCUCACAGAUUUAGAUGUUAAUAAGGGUAGUUUUGAUGGCAGAUUGAGGGUGGAUGGACAUUUUCUUGGUCGAACAGAAUUAGUUGUAGAAGCAAAUCGUGGUACUGCACAGUAUAUCGCAAAUGGCACUCUACCAAUUACGGUGACUAGGCCACAGCGAGUUAUAGAUACAAUAUUCACAACCAGUGUUGCUGUAUUUGUUUCAUUGAUCUUCAUUAACUUUGGAUGCGCGAUGCACUGGCUCACUGUUAAGGGCGUGCUGAAGAGACCCAUCGGUCCAGCCAUCGGUAUGUGUGGACAGUUCAUCUUCAUGCCUCUGAUAUCAUUCGGUCUCGGUUUUCUUAUAUUCCCGAACUCGCCCGCUAUGCGAUUAGGAAUGUUUUUCACGGGCGUAUCGCCCGGUGGCGGAGCGUCGAAUAUAUGGACAUUUAUAUUGGGAGGAAAUCUUAAUUUAUCGCUGGCCAUGACCACCAUAUCUACCCUGGCCUCCUUCGCAUUUAUGCCAGCCUGGCUGUUCUCUCUCGGACAAGUUGUAUUCGCAAAUGCGAGCAUCGUGGUGCCAUACGUUCGUAUAGCUACGUUCGUCGCCGGCCUCAUUAUCCCCUUAAUGAUCGGCUUGGCCAUGCAGAAACUAACGCCAAGAGUGGCUGCGUUCAUGGUCCGGAUCCUCAAAGGAUUUUCGACCACACUUCUCUUGUUCAUAAUCAUAUUCGCAAUAGUGACGAAUUUGUACAUUUUUGAACUGUUCUCUUGGGAGAUAGUAGUGGCGGGUAUGUGCAUCCCAUGGCUGGGCUACGCUGUGGGCUACGUGGGUGCACGCUUGCUGCGACAGUCGCACGAAGACGCACUCGCCAUUUCUGUCGAAAUCGGUAUCCAGAACACCGGUAUCGCCAUCUUCCUGCUGCGAUACGCGCUGCCACAGCCGGAGGCCGACCUCACCACGGUGGUACCAGUGUCAGUAGCGAUCAUGACACCUGUACCAAAUACCAUCGUAUACAUAAUACAGAAGAUUAUGUCCUGCAGGGGAUGUAAGCCGUCAGAAACAGAAAUGCCCACAAAAAAAUCUUGGAGGACGACCUCAAACCAGUUUCCGAGGCCCCUGAGCCCGGCGUCAUCUCUACCAUUGAUGUCAAAUAAACAGGAAGAGAAUUGGUCAUCUUCUUCGUAAGCUCACCGUAUACCAGUUAUUACGUUGCAAUAGAAUCUACAAUUAUUACCAACAAAAUCUUCACGUUUAAUCAGGGCCAUAGACCAAAAUAUAUCAAUAUUUUUUAUGAUUGAUAUAUUGAUGCAUUCUUCGAUUUUGUAGGGAUUUAUUAUUUUAAAGGAUUUUGUCUAACUAUAAAAAAGUUGUCUGUGGUGCUGCUGUUUUUCUUUUAUACAAUUAUUCUAAUUUUAAUGGAGAAACUAAUUGAUUAUGAAUGAGUAAAAAUGUUUUGAAAUAUUUUAUAUGAAAAUUUAAGAACAAAUUUUUGAUAACUUUUUUUUAAUAUAUGCGUUUCGUAUACAUUAUAUUUGAUAACGCAUUUACAAAAACAUACUUACUUUACAUAUCGUAGCAAGGCCUUCAUAUGUUUUGGCUCAGUAUUGUCUAUGGACUAAAAAAAGUCUAAUUCGUAUAAAGAAUAUCGAAACA